AUGUCUGACGUUAAGAUUGCAAUUGAUAGAGGUGGAACAUUCACCGACUUCUUGGCCAUCAUUCCGGGCCAAGAGGACUACGUUUUCAAAUUGUUGUCGGUUGAUCCCGCCAACUAUGCAGAUGCCAAUAUCGAGGGAAUCCGUAAGAUCCUGGAGUACGUUCAAAAGAAGUCCAUUCCCAGGGGGGAGCCUUUGGAUACCUCCAUUGUGAGUAGUAUUCGUUUGGGAACCACCGUCGCUACCAAUGCUUUGUUAGAGCGUAAGGGUGCCAAAUGUGCCUUUUUAACUACCAAAGGCUUCAAGGAUCUCCUAAGAAUUGGAGAUCAGAGUCGUCCUGACCUGUUUGCGCUGAAAAUCGUCAAGCCUGGUGUUUUGUACGAAGAAGUGAUUGAGAUCGACGAAAGGGUGACCAUGUGUGCUUUCACAGAGGACGCUCAAGGAGCAAACUGUAGAGAGCUUCUGGAUGGAGAAAGAUACGUGGAGAGCACCACCAAGGAGGUGUUUGAGAUUCUCAAGCCAAUUGAUCUUGAGGCAGCAAAAGUGCAGCUUCAAAGACUCAGAGCCAAUGGCUUCAGAUCGGUGGCUAUUUGCCUGAUCCAUGGAUACAACUUCCAAGAGCAUGAAAAACAGCUUAAGAAGCUCGCUGUCGAUAUGGGGUUCGAGUUCAUAACCACCUCCCAUGAGAUCAUUCCUAUGAUCAAGGCUGUUCCGAGAGCCCAAUCGUCGGUUCUGGACGCAUACCUGACCCCUGUGGUUAAAGAGUAUAUCUAUGGUUUGCUCAAAGGAUUCAAGCCUGGAUUUGAAAAGCACACCCGUAUCGAGUUCAUGCAAUCCGACGGAGGAAUGUGCACUGCUGAGAAUUUCACUGGACUGAAAGCUCUUUUAUCUGGACCAGCUGGAGGUGUUGUUGGCGAGGCUGAGACAUGUUACGAUGCCAAGUACAAAACUCCCAUUAUUGGCUUCGACAUGGGUGGUACCUCAACAGAUGUUUCUCGUUUUGCCGGCCAAUACGAGCAUGUUUUUGAAACUAAUACUGCUGGAAUCAACAUCACUGUUCCUCAACUCGAUAUCAACACUGUGGCAGCCGGUGGUGGUUCUAUUCUGUCUUACAAAAAUGGUAUUUUCGUUGUUGGUCCGGAAUCUGCUGGUUCCCAUCCUGGACCAGCUUGCUAUCGUAAAGGUGGCCCAUUGACUGUUACCGAUGCAAACCUUGUGACCGGUAGAAUUGUUCCCGAGCAGUUCCCUAAGAUCUUUGGACCUAAUGCCAACGAGUCUCUUGACGUUGAGAUUUCCAAAAAGAAGUUCCAGGAGAUCACCGAUUUGAUCAACUCGGAAAAUGACAAGGCUCCGAAAACAAUGGAGGAGGUUGCACUGGGAUUCCUGACAGUUGCCAAUUUCAACAUGUCCAAGCUGAUCAGAACUCUAACGGAGUCCAAGGGCUACGACAUCACCAGACAUAAUCUUGCUUCGUUUGGUGGAGCUGGUGGUCAGCACGCUGCUCCGAUGGCAGAGAUUUUGAAGAUCAACAGAGUCGUCAUUCACAAAUACUCCUCGAUUCUUUCCGCCUACGGUAUAGCUCUUGCAGACACUGUGGUGGAAAGACAAAUUCCUUCCAGCGAGGUGUACAGUGAAAAGGCCCUUCCUGAGUUGCUUGCAAAAUGCGAAGACUUGCAAAAGGAAGUCAAGAAGAAGCUGCUGGAGCAAGGUCUUACAGAGUCGGACAUUUCAUUUGAGGUGUUCUUCAAUAUGGGCUACCAUGGAUCUGAGACCAAGCUGAUGAUUACCCAGGUCGCCGAAAAGGACUUCUUUUCUUCCUUCAGAGAGUCCCAUCUGCGUCAAUUCACGUUCGUGGACGACGAGAGAGACGUUAUUGUUCAUGACUUGCGUGUUAGAGGAACAGGAACACUGUCUAAGGUGGUUGAGAGAUCGCCCUACGAGGAUUUGGAGACCAUUCCACAGCAGCCAGUUGCUAAAGGUGUUGAGGUCAGCGAGCAAGUUGUGGCAUUUGAUGAAGGAAGCAUGCCAUCUAAGGUGUACUUCAUGUCUGACCUGAAGAUUGGAGAUGUUGUUCCUGGUCCAGCUCUUAUUUUGGACGAGACGCAAACCAUCUUGGUCACUCCGGGAGCUAAAGCUGUGAAUCUUCCAAGACACAUCAUUAUCGAUGUGGACAAUGAAAAGACCCAAGAGGAAAUUUCAUUGGACUAUGUUGAUCCGAUUCUGUUGUCUGUGUUCUCUAAUAGGUUCAUGUUCAUCGCCGAAGAUAUGGGAAGAACUCUGCAAAAGAUUUCGGUUUCCGCCAAUAUCAAGGAAAGAAUGGACUUCUCGUGUGCGUUGUUCGAUGAAGACGGUAACUUGACCGCCAACGCUCCUCACGUUCCAGUCCACUUGGGAUCCAUGAGCUUCAGUAUCAAGUACGCCAUCAAGUACUGGGGAGAUCAAAUCAAGGAAGGUGAUGUUCUUGCUACCAAUCACCCAAUUGCCGGAGGAACUCACUUGCCAGAUAUUACCUUGAUUUCGCCAGUGUUCAUUGAUGGAAGAAUCAGACUGUUUACUGCAUCAAGAGCACAUCAUGCUGAAAUUGGUGGUCUUGCUCCAGGUUCUGGAUCGUCGAAUGCAAAGUCGUUAGCUGAGGAGGGAGCCCAAUUUGAAGCAUGGAAGAUUGUCUCUAAGGGCCAAUUCGAUUACGAGGGGUUGCACAAGUAUUUCAUGGAAGUUCCUGCUGAAGCUCCAGGCUGCUCUCCAACCAGAAAGCUGGAGGACAAUGUCUCUGACUUGAAAGCACAGAUCGCCGCUAACCAAAGAGGAGUCAACCUGUUGCAGGACCUGUUCAAAGAAUACGGAACUGAGACUGUUCUUUUCUACAUGAAGAAUGUUAAGAAGACGGCUGAGCUAGCUGUGAGAGCUGCAUUGAAAAGACUUGCUAGAGAGAACAGAGGGAAGCUACCAUUGAGAGCCGAAGAAGUUUUGGACACUGGAUCCAAGAUUGUGGUCAGUAUUGAUAUCAACGAGGAAGAUGGUUCUGCGGUCUACGAUUUCACUGGUACAACAGAGCAGGUCUACAGUCCUCAAAACUCUCCAAUUGCUGUUACCCACGCCUGUGUCAUUUACGGACUCAGAUGCAUCAUCAACUCGGACGUUCCUCUCAACGAGGGUUGCCUAGUUCCAAUCAAGAUCAUUGUUCCAGAAGGCUGUUUGUUGAAUCCAUCCAGAGAGGCUGCUGUCAGUGCCGGUAACGGAAGUGGCUCCCAGAUUUUGACAGAGACCAUCUUCAAGGCUUACCAGGUCACUGGAAGUGGACCGGGAUCCAUGAACUCAUUAUCCUUUGGUAUGGGAGGUCUCGAAAACGGAAAGCUCAUCAAGGGCUUCGGUAUGGUUGAGACAAUUGGUGCUGGUAGUGGAGCUGUUGAGGGCAGUGACGGAUUCUCAGGAACCCAGUGCCAUAUGACCAACACCAAAAUCACCGAUCCUGAAGUUUUGGAAAAGAGAUAUCCAUGUAUCCUUUGGGACUGGAGUAUCAGAACUGGAACUGGUGGUGACGGAAAAUGGAAAGGUGGCGAUGGUCUACAAAGAAUUAUUCAAUUCACUUCCAAGGUGGAGGCAGGUAUUGGAUCGUUCAGACGGUCCACUUCACCCUACGGUAUGGCUGGUGGAAGUUGUGGAGCCCGCGGUGUCAACAAGAUUGGAAAGUUGCUUUCUGAUGGCACCAUUCAAUGGUUUGGACUUGGUCCGUUUGCCGAUGUUACCCUGCAAAAAGGAAUGUACAUUGCAGUGUUGACUCCAGGAGGAGGCGGUUACGGUGAUCCUAAGGAAAGAAAGACCAUCAAGAUGAAGACUGGCCAUGAGCUUCCUAACGUUCCUUUGGCUGGUGGUACCCUUUUCAACCUUGUGGACGCAGCCAAUACUUCUCAAUAA